AUGAUUCACAGGGCCAAUCACAUGGUGCCCUCGGGAAGCUCUGUUAUUCCCGGAGUGACAACGUCCUUCACUGAGAAUCUGAUGGCCUGUAACAACCUUCCUGCCUCAGCUUCCAAUGGAGUACCAAUGAUGUCCCAUGUCAGUGCCUCAUCAAUGCCUUUUUCUGGUCCUCCAGCAAUACCUUCCACCACAUCGUCAUUGACACAGGAAAUGUUAAUGACACCAGACAUGUCUUCCAUUCACACACCAGCUAUGCUGUCUAUGAAUCAUAUGCUGCACCCUGGAGACCCCUAUGAUGUUGGGAUGCCCCCUGCUAGGUCCCAGUCAUUGCUGAGUUUAGAAUGCCAGGAUUCACUUGUGAAUCUGUCAGACUGCCAGGAAGGUCCCUUCCCACCUACACAGCCUUCACCUGCUCCACAGAGUGUAGAGAACUCUGUGAGGGAGCUCCCCACUUCACGGCCCUACUUGUGCCAGCAUGAAAACUGUGGAAAAGCUUACACCAAGCGCUCCCACCUCGUGAGCCAUCAGCGCAAACACACAGGUGAGAAGCCCUACAUUUGCAAUUGGGAAGGCUGUACAUGGUCUUUCUUCCGUUCCGAUGAGCUUGGACGACAUAUGAGGAUACACACCAAAUACCGACCACAUAGAUGUGAUGAGUGUGGCCGGCAGUUCAUGAGAUCCGACCAUCUCAGGCAACAUCACAAGACUCAUCUGAAGAUGAUCCUACUGCCCCUGACCAGCAGCUCAUCUUUGGUAGAUGAAGGUUUAGACAGAACCAGGAAGACCAAGAAGUGA